AUGGCGGGUGUAAAUCAGUUGCCUGUCUCAGUUGCCGCCGAUGGCGUGCAUGGUCGCAAACGCAAUAUGACCAUUGCGGGGAUCGACAGUUCUCCGGGGAGUAUCGAGGAUAUGGAUGACAAUGAUGCGCGCGAGGAGAAAAGACGUCAGCCAGUGAAGCGCGCCUGCAAUGAAUGUCGACAACAAAAACUCCGAUGCGAUGUCAUUCAAGACCCAUGGACCGAUUGUUCACGAUGCCGUCGGCUGAGGCUCGAUUGUAAAAUCGAGUCUAACUUCAAACGUGUCGGAAAGCGCAGCCGCAAUGCAGAAAUGGAGAGAGAAAUAAUGGAGCUCAGGAAGCAGAUUGCUACUGGCCAACCAGUCCCUGGAAUGUCACAGCAACAAGCUUUGACCGCGGGACAAUUGACACCCAAGCAAGAAUCGAGUCAAGUCAGUCCCGCAGUCUACCAAACACCAUCAGCUAUGUCCGCAGAUCAGUACAUGGGAUCUCAAGAAGCUGUAGCAUCCCUCCUGGACCUUCGUUCGGGCUUCGAUGGCACCAACUUCGUGAGGAACGGUGGACAAAUUAGACGAAUUGAGGACGUUAUGGUUGUUCCCGAGAAAGUGGCAGAACUGUUUAAUAUAUUCUUCACGUACUACCACCCUUUCCUUCCAUUUUUGGACCGAAACCAGUCACCCGAUGAUUAUCAUAGUUCCUCUUCGUUACUUUUCUGGACAAUUCUUAGUGUCGGUGCGCGACGCUAUCUAGGCGAUUCGAAUUUGUUGAAUUCCCUUGCUGGUCCUGUCAGCCGGCUGGUCUGGAGCACUCUAGCAGAUAUCCCUCAAAGCUAUCAUGUUGUGAAAGCUCUCGCUCUACUAUGUUCAUGGCCGUUCCCUACAAGCAGCACCUCAACGGAUCCGACCUUCAUGCUGUGUGGAAUGAUGGUACAAGUUGCUAUGCAGCUUGGUCUCCACAGGCCUUCUCACACUCAAGACUUCAGUAAAUUCCGAGUGGAACUUAUCGAGGAUGAAUUGAGAGACAAGGUGCGAACUUGGGCGAUUUGCAAUAUCGUUGCUCAAAGAGUUUCCACCGGCUAUGGACAGCCAUCAUCUACUCUUUAUGACUGGACGUUAUCCUCCAGCGAUUCGUUAGACCCGAACUUCAAGCUUCCUGACGAUAUAAGGCCAAGAUUGGAGAUCGAAAAGUUCUGCGACAGGGUCACUCAAGCACUUUACACAAAUCGACGCGAUCCUGUUGGCUUAACCAGCGACCACGAACGUUCAACAAUGAUUGCCUUUCUAUCGCGAGACUUUGAGGAGUUGGAAGAACAGCUUAAAUCGCAGAAUGACUGUAUUACUGACUUGUUCCUCCGUGCUGCUAACCUCCAUUUGCACCUUUCGGCAUUCUUUGACGAGCCGACCACUAAAAAUUACCGCGAACGCGUCUUUUCUCUGUAUGUCGCGACGACAUCAUUCCUCGAAGUUGUCCUAAACCUCGAGACCGAGGUUGGCCCGGUCAUCUCUUACACCCCGUACUAUGUCUACCAGAUGAUGGUUGCCGCCGGUUGCACUCUUUUAAAACUGUGCAAGAGCUUCUUUGCCUCUCACAUAGACAUGGAAUACACCAAGAACCUAUUCAACCGUACAAUAUGGGCCAUCCGAGGAGUGUCAGCAUCCAGCAACGACCUUCCCGAACGACUUGCUGAAGUGUUAGCUCAGAUGUGGAGAUUGGGAGGAGCUACUCAACGGACUAACAAUAGUACCGAUGUUGACGACUCCCUGCGACUCAAAGUUCGCUGCCGGAUGAGCAUGUCCUUGCUUUACGACUCUGUGUGGCGUUGGCGAGAGGAUGCCAGGACCAAAGGCCGAAACAUUGAAGCCUAUCUGAAAAAUCCAACAAAUCCUGACUCAGCAGCUGAUUCUUCGGCCACUUCAUCUGUCGGGCCUGUACACACAUCUGCAAUGGCACCAGGAAUCUCUGGGAAUGAUCCAAGCCUUGCCCCGGCACCCCUGCUAUCCCAGGCUAGCCUUGGGAUCCAACAACCCACAGGUCAAGCAAACGGACUCCCAAGCGGCUUCAUUGAACCUAAUUACGAAGUCUUCGAUCCGUUGAACUGGCUGCUUGACGGCCUGGUAGACUUGCCUUACUCAUACUCCACGAUGGGGGGAGUAGAAUCCCAGGGCAUCCUCCUCCAGGUUUCUCAUGUUAUGCCUGGCUAUUUCCCUAAGGAAAUGGGAUGGCCAAAAAUCGCUAAGAUUACGCCUGGUUUGAUUCGUGCCACGGUUUAUAAACACUUGCAUCGGUAUAUGCCCGCUAUGAAUCAGGCAAUUAUCUCGCAGCUGCAGACCCUAGAGUUCAAAGACGGGGAAUGCGAAAUUGGCUGCUUUGAUCUGGCAUACUCGAUCGUAGCUCGCAGUGGCAGCUUUGCUAUUGUGGGCUCGCGGCUUUCUCAAAACGAGGAAUAUCUUAAAGCUGUCAAGGACCACAUCCUUGGGAUGAUAGUGACCACUCGUGUACAAUUUCUUGUUCCAGAUUUCUUGAAACCCUACAUUGGUGGGCUCAUCGGUCGCCUCGCCACUCUUGGGACUAGUUGGGAUAUGCACGCCUCGCGUAAGAUUAUGCUAAAACACUUCGAUGCACGUGCAGCAGAAUAUCACGCCGAGAUAUCCGGUGGCAAGGGACCUAGUGAGACUAAUCUUGACAAAUCGAACACUCCGGUUGAAAUCUUCCAGUGGCUGUAUGAGAGCAGUGUUCUUCGGGAGCGAUGGACAUAUGCAGAGGUGAUAGGCGAAAUGUUGCUGCUGCAAUUUGCCUUUAUCUAUACCACGUCCUAUGGACUGUACGGCGCCCUGGCUGAGCUAGCUCGACGACCCGAAUAUAUCGCACCCCUGCGUGAGGAAAUUGAUAUGUUUUUCUCCGCAAUGGGACCAACCGUUCCAGCCUGUGAUGGCAUGGUUUUGAUGGAUAGUUUCUUGAAGGAGUGUCAGCGGCUGCAUCCCCCUUCAGCACUCUCUGCCCAUCGGGUCUGUGUUAGUGACCUCAAACUUUCCAACGGAAUCACACUCAAGCAGGGCUCCCAUGUAGCCGUCCCAAGCGGAAUCAUCCAACGAUCGAGCGAGCACUAUGCGAACCCUGACGCGUUCGACGGUUUCCGGUUCGUCAAGCGUGCAGCAGCUGGAGCCAAGGACUCCCGGCUUGUCGACCUGAGCCCAGAUUAUCUGGUUUUUGGAAUGGGCGCACAUGCCUGCCCUGGACGAUGGAUGGCUAGCGCGCUCAUGAAGCUCGCCUUCGCACAUAUCCUGGAUCAGUAUGACGUACUCCUUCCUAAUUCGGCCUCCCUGCCCUUGACUGGCUCGCUGUCAUUCGAGGAGUUUUAUGUGCCCAACUUUGGAGUAAAGAUAGCUCUGCGCCAGCGCUAG